CCUCUCCGCCGGAGCCGCACCGGAGCCGUAGCGGAGCCCCGGAGCUCACUGCCCCCCGAAGCCGCCGUGUGUUCGCCCGUCCGCGGAUGGCAGCUGCGCUAGUGAUGCCGCGGUGGUUGUUGUGGCUGCAGUCAGCGGUGCUCCUCGUCCUCGUGACCGGCCGUGAGUGCGCUGCCGCCCGCCUGUACACGGAGCAGGACCCGCUGGUGAUCCUGAGCAGGGACACGCUCCGGGCCACGCUCACCGACUCCCGCAGCGCCUGGUUGGUCCAGUUUUACUCCUCCUGGUGCGGACACUGCGUCCAGUACUCCGGCACAUGGAAAGCACUGGCCCGGGAUGUGAGAGACUGGCAGGGGGCCAUCAGUGUGGCCGUGUUCGAUUGUGCUCUGGAAGAAAACUUUGACCUGUGCAGAGAAUAUGGGAUCAAAUACUACCCCACGUUCAAGUAUUUCAAGGCCCACAGUGGAGAGGCCGAGCGAGGGACCAUCUACAGAGGGGGCGACAGGGAGAUCCCCUCGGUCAGGCGGCUCAUGGUGAACAUCCUGCAGAACCACACCAGAGACGAGAGGCCGGAGCAGUGCCCAGAGCUGCGGCCCUACAGUUCUGUGGAGCUGCUGCCGUUAUUGGGACAGAAGUCUGACCACUACACUGCCGUCAUCAUAGAAGAGCCCCAGUCCUACACCGGCCGAGAAGUGAUCCUGGACCUCCUGCAGUACUCGGGGGUCCAGGUGCACAGGGCCCUGAGCUCAGAUCGCCCUCUGCUGGACAAACUGGGAAUCACAGACCUGCCCGCGGUGUAUCUGCUGCAGCCCAACGGCACACACGGCACCAUGCACACAGAGAAGAGGCUGCGCUUCUUCUUCACGUCGCUCCUCAGAACUUUACCCGGAGUCCAGAGGAAAACCCACACCAACAGCAGUGUCCUGAACCCACAGAAGGGGGCGCUGUCUCCUUCACAGAGCAGCCAGCCCUGGAGGGACUUUGACCGGUCUCGGGUGUACGCGGCCGAUCUGGAGUCGGCGCUUCAUUACCUGUUCAGGGUGGAGCUGGCGUCUCGCAGCUCUCUGGAGGGGGAGGAGCUACAGACCUUCAAAGACCUGGUCACUCUGCUCGCCAAGCUUUAUCCAGGAGGGGGCGCCGUGGUGAAGCUCAUGGAGACGCUCUCUGAUUGGCUGCUGAGUCUCCCUCUGCAGAAGAUCCCGUAUCAGGCCGUUCUGGACCUGGUGGACAACAAGAUGAAGAUUUCCGGCGUGUUCUUGAGCUCGGAGUUGCGCUGGGUCGGCUGUCAGGGUUCUGCUCCUGGUUUCCGUGGUUACCCGUGCGCCCUCUGGACGCUGUUCCACGUGUUGGCGUCGCGCAGACAGGCGGCGCCCUCCGCCCUGCGGCACACGGCGCUGGAGGCGGAGCCGGCGCCCGUGCUCGCCGUGAUGCGCCGCUACAUCAGGACUUUCUUCGGCUGCGAGGAGUGCGGCAAAAACUUUGAGAAGGCCGCGUCGUCCAACGGCGCCGCGAAGGUCAAGAGCCCAGAAGAAGAAGUGAUGUGGCUCUGGAAGCAGCACAACGACGUCAACUACAGACUCGCCGGAUCCCUGAGCGACGACCCCAUGUUUCCCAAAGGGGCGUGGCCUCCUCCGUCCCUGUGCGCCUCCUGCCACGAGGAGAACCGCGGCCUGCACGCCUUCAACCUCCAGGAGGUCCAGCGCUUCCUGCUCCACCACUACGGCGAGAACAACCUGUCCAGGAAGUACGCCGUGGAGCCCGCCGCCGCCGUGGAGCCCGCCGCCGUCGCCACCGUGGAGACCGAAAAGAAAAAAGAAGAGGAGGAGGAGAAGAAGAAAGGAGACGAGAAGAAGCAGAAAGGAGAAGAGGAGGAGAAAGGAGACGAGGAGAGAGGAGACAAGGAGGCAGGAGGAGAGAACGACGGCGCGAAAAAGGACGCUGACGAGGCCGAGAAAGUGGACGGUCAUCACAAAGCGGCGGAAAGAGUGGAGGAGAAGGAGGAGAAGGAGGAGAAGGAGGACCGAGGCGGAGCUGCGGAGGAGCGGGCGGUGCCGGGCAGGGAAGAGGGGAAUCGAACCCUCGCCCUGGGCUUCACCAGCGUGGACAUGAGCCUGUGCCUGCUCCUCUACGUCGGCUCCUGCGUCUUCCUCAUGCUGCUUUUCUUCUUCUUCCGGGUGCGCUCGCGGCGGUGGAGGUUGCGCCCCCCGAAGUUCGCCGUGUGAAUCGCGGUAGACUCAAAAACACAAAGACUAACUGGAAAUGUAAAGAUGCACUGCGUAACUUUUCUGCCGGAGCCGCCGUCAAACGCUUUUCUUCGUAGAAAUGUUUUUUGAUUUGUCUGGAAUGUUUCACAGUGUGACUCGACUUGGACUCGAGUCAGACUUGAGUCGCUAUUUUUAGGACUUGAGACUUGACUUGAUAAAAUGGACUAAGACUUGGGACUUGGCUCGGACUUGGCUCGGACUUGAGGCCUGUGACUUGAGACGACUUGAUGCUUCUCCUAAAAAAAAUAUGUUUUUAGAAAAUACUUUUCUCUUUAAAGUUGAUAAAAGUGGUACUAAAUUUUAAAGCAACAAACUGGAACAUUUCCCUCCCACUUCUGUUUGGUGCUUUGGACUCGACUUGGACUCGACUUGGACUUGACUUGGAUUUGACUUGGAUUUGACUUGGACUUGAUUUGGACUCGAUUUGGACUUGACUUGGACUUGACUUGAACUUGAUUUGGACUUCAUUUGGACUCGACUUGGACAUGACUUGGACUUGAUUUGGACUUGACUUGGAUUUGACUUAGAUUGACUUGGACUUGACUUGGAUUUUACUUGGACUUGACUUGGACUCGACUCGGACUCGACUCGGACUUGACUUGGACUUACGGACCAGCGACGCGAGACUCGACUUGGACUCGUCUUUCUUUAACUCGGGAUUUGACUCGGACUUGAGGUCAGAGACUUGCAAAACAAUGACUUGGUCCCCCUCUGAUGACAUUAAACCUUUCUGUCGUCACGGAAACCAAACCAGACCGAGUUCCAGGUCAGGUCCGUGGAGAGGCGACCCCGCUCAACAGUCAGAACGCCUGAUUUUUGAGGUAUUUUUGAGCUGUAAAUCCACCUGUAAUUGAAUAAAUGUAAAGUCGAGCUGUUUAAAGUCACACUGUGGAACAUUCCAGGCGGAGAAAUGACAUCUCCAUAGAAACGGUGACAAACCCCGCACCAGAAAAGUUACACAAUGCACUUUUAGAUCUCGCCACUGCCGCCUGAGCCCGACUUUAGGUUCUGGGAUGAGUUUGGAUUUAAAGACGCCGUACCUGAUUUUUUUCUUCGUUUUUUUAUUUUUUUAUUUUUAAAGCAUAAAAACACAAGUGGUUCAUUUUAAAGAGUUUGCAGGGGUCCAAAGUUCUUCCUCACUUAACAUUCAAAACUAAUUUGUGUCCUAAUUACUCACCACGAUGAGUUUAUAAGUGCUUUUCUCCGACUUUCAGACAACAUUCACGAGGGAUGUAACAACAACCGAAAUAUCGUGAUUCUCAACGUCAAAAGUCUCACAAAAAGUACCGUGGAUCUUCAGUAUAUCGAAUCACAAGUCUCUCGGCUCAAAUUAAGUUAUAGAGCAGCAGUAUGGCUACGAAAGACAGAGGGAACUACAUAGACCAGGGGUGGGCAAACUACGGCCCGGGGGCCAUAUGCGGCCCUUUAAAGCUUUUAAUCCGGCCUGCCAAACUUGAAUUAAUUAUAGUAAUAAACCUUGUUAAUGUUUUAUUUUUCUGCAUUUCCGGCGUUUCCCAGUAGAUGGCGCACUACAUAUACAUUGAGGUGCAGCCAUGGAUGUAUUAAAAUAACUGGACACAGUGUUGUUGUCGCUGCCUUGAGUUGACGUAGUGACACUCACUGGUUUUACAGCAGAAAAAGUCCCCCUGGCCUGAGAGAAGAGUUUUCUCAUAGAGGCAAUGUGAUCACAAACUGCUCGUGUUCGGCUGACCUUCAACUUUCAAAAAUGUCGGAUUUUGUGGCGAUUUUUACCUGUUUUUAGAUUAUACACUUUUUCUCAGCUCAAAAUCCUUCAGUCGUCUUAAAAAACGCUUCAUAAUCAUGCGCUUCGGCUCCGCUCUGGCUCCUCUCACUCUGAUUGGUCAAAACGAUCACGUGAUACACGAGGCCGAGCUCCGUGCGUGCGUUUGCGUGCAUUGGCAUGUGCCCGCGGGAGAAAAGACGCUACUGCACAUGCUCGGUCGGCCCACCGGAGGUACCUCGCCGGGCUAAAGGCGCCAUCAUGCGCCAUUGAACUCAGCCCAUUGACUUGAAUGGGCGGCCAUUUUGGAACCUGUGGGCUUGGGUUCAUCUUAUUAUGUUGGCUGCAAUGCUUUAUGGGAAAGUGUUGUUUCGGACGAGCUAAUGACAGGAGUCAUUCUCGGUCAGUGUAUUGGGACCAUGAGUGAGGCAGAAGUGUUCAAGACGUAACACUGCUCUGUUUCUGUUCUGAACAGGGAGAAAGUGAAGUUAAAAGACUCUUGGACGACGUGUUAUGACGUCUUCACGCACAGAGGGUCAUAACAUCCAACAGAGCAGAAAGUGUUGUAGAGGAAAGAUUUAGUUGGGUCUGGGCUUGUACCGGAGCGUGUUGCAAUCGUGCGUUUUGUUCAGUGGAAAUUCAAGUUUAGGGAGAUUGGCUAAAGAAAAUAUGGUGACAGCCACAACUAGAUGGCGCCUGGAAUGUAUUUUAGAAGUGUUUGUUUUUUGGACACAUUCGCACUCAACUUUACAUUCUUGUAACCGGAUUAGAGCGUUUACAUGCACCAUGACUCAAAAAACCCGAUCGUAACCGGACACUGAUGUUCAUGUAAACCAGUGCUUCUCAAUUAUUUUCUGUCAUGCCCCCCCUAGGAAGAAUAAAACAUCUCGCGCCCCCCCCCGCGUGACUAUAGAUAGUAUCAUUUGUCUAUAAAACUGUUAUAAGUACACCUCUGCAUAACACUGUAUCCUUAUUAACGUAUAAGAGAAUAAAAGUACUGAAGUAGCAGUCACAAAGCGGGAUGAUUGUCGGCAAUAUUCGGCACGUUUUCGCUGAAAAAUCUCAAGCGGCUUAUCAGAGUGAUUGGGGUGUAAUGUAUUUAAGUGACGCCUUAAUUUAUUGGGCUUCAUGCUAUCGGCUGCCAACAUUUUUAGACACAGUAACACACCGGUCUUUCCUCGUCUCCCGCCGUAGUCACAGUGAAGCCAAGCGCUACAUACGCUUCGUCAUAUUUCCUCGUCUUAGCUUUCGGGAGAUUUUCGUUUGUCUCUUUAUCUCCGUCUCUCUCCGUCUGUCUUCUCAUCCCUGUUAAAUAUUUUUCAUGGUGUCACUUGAGGGUCUGCUACACUUCGUGUCUACACUUCAUACUCUGUGCUGUGUGCAAAGCGCACAUGCUCAGUGCAAACAAAACUCCUACACCACCGAGCGAAUGCUCCCUGCGCACACUCUGCCAAUGAGAGCGCCACUGCCACCUAAUGUAGUGGAAGUGCAAUUGCACUUUAUUCUAGGACAAUAAAAAAAUAAAAAAGCAUGUUCCCCGAGGUCAAACGCGCCCCCCUUGACGGAGCCUCGCGCCCCCCCAGGGGGGCCCGCCCCACUAUUUGAGAAGCACUGAUGUAAACACACACAUCAUGAACAAUGCACCAGAUCAAAAUCUAUUUUAUUAAUUUAAUUUUCAGUGUUUUAUACAGAUAUUUUGUUGUGAUGUUUUGUAGAGACUUUCAAUUGAAAUUCAAGCUCAGGUUUUCUACAUAUCUCAUGUUAUUUUUUUCUCUCCACUCCGUCCAUCUGCUCCUGGUCCGACCCUUCCCUCAAAUUUUAGAACCGUGUGUGGCCCCCGAGCCAAAAAGUUUGCCCACCCCUGACAUAGACCAUGAUCCUUUGCUCCGUUUCAGCGCAGACCACAAGAAGAAAUACCAGUUUUAAGCGCGUUUAAAAUCUCAAUUAUUUGUUUUUCGACAGAACCAAAAGUCUAAAAGGAAAACGUAGCGCGGUUACAGUUUUGUUUGGUUGUCGUUACAUCCCCACCAUUCACAACUAGCAUGCUAACCACCCUCUUCUUGAUAUUUAUACAAAAAAACAGAACACAGCAGGUUUAUUUUGACGUCAGGAGCUGCUCAGACCGCGUUUCUGUGCUUGGGGAGAGACGUUUUGCUCAGAUAUACGGGGAAAAUCGGGUACAGGGCCUUUUAAAGUGGAAGUCCGCAACAUUUCACGUGAAAACUCCAGGCUUUUAAAACUCUUUUACACCUUUUUUGGUGUUACGCUUCGUUGUAUUUCGGUUCUCUGCGCACUCUCACGUCACAGAAACCACAUUGUCAGAAGCAACUUGAGCAACAGCGAAGGAUUUCAAACCUCGGCAGUUUCCACGAGAGCUUUAAUUCUGAAUAAAAAUGAAUUCCACUUUCGAAAGAUCAUGAAAACACUUAAAUCCUAAUGAAAAUGAUUACCGUAUUUUCUGAACUAUAAGUCGCUCCAGAGUAGAAGUCGCACCAGCCAAAAAAUGCACAAUGAAGAAGAAAAAAACAUAUAUAAGUCACACUUUUUGGGGGAAAUUUAUUUUGUAAAAUGAGAGAACAGGAGCCGACAUUUCCUGUGUAAAGUCAAGUUGUAGUUCUAACAACAGAAGAGAGAAGAACAGACUGUUAACGUCACAUAUUUCACAGUUCUUCAGAUAAACUAUAACAUAAAAAACAGAACAAGUUUAACCAAACUCUCCAUCUCACUCCAAAUCACUAAAUCCAUUCAAAUCUUCAUCCUCGGUGUCACUUCUGAACAACUCAACCUCGACCUCCGGAGGUAAACGAAUCCAUGUGUCAUUCGUUCAUUUGUUUUUCAAAAUAAAACCAAAAAUAAGAAAAUGAAAAAAAAAAAAAAAACAACAGCUAUUUUCUUCAUUAUUUGUCUCCAAAACAAAAAAAAACCUGAAAAUUAUUCGUUUUUUCAGUUUUAGAUUUUGUGUUUAAAUGAAAAAUGGAAAAAACAGAUAACGGAUUGAACCAGACCGGGACCAGACCAGGACUGAAAACGGUUUAGCCCUGUUUGAGUCCUGGUUCAGUCCGUUAUCCUUUUUUUUUCCAUUUUUCAUUUAAACACAAAAUCGAAAACUGAAAAAAUGAAUCAUUAUCUGUUUUUUCAUUUUAGUUUUGGAGACAAAUAAUGAAGAAAAUAGCUGUUUUUUCGUUUUCUUAUUUUUUGUUUUAUUUUGAAAAAUAAAUGAAUGAAUGACACAUGGAUGUAAACAGAGCGCCGCUUCCUCUUCUGUGCCGCUGUCGUCAGAUUCAGCAUCAGUUCCAGUGAGAAUUAUUCUGGUCUUUCUGAAUCCCGACAGGAUGGUUUCGAUGUCACUGAAGGACCUCGGGUUUAGACCUCAGUUAGACCUGGAUUAGACGUCAGGUUAGACCUUGGAUUAGACCUGGUUUAGACCUCAGGUAGACCUAGACUUGGUUUAGGACAGCUUCAAGUUUAGACCUGGUUUAGACCUGGUUUAGACCUGGGUUAGACCUUGGUUAGACCUUGGGUUAGAUCUCGGGUUAGACCUUGUUUAAACCUGGAUUAGAUCUUGGUUAGACCUAGUUUAGAUCUGCCUUUGACUUGGUUUAAUCCAGGUCCUGAUUCUGAUUAUGGUUAGACCUGCUUUAGACCUCAGUUAGACCUAGACUUGGUUUAGGACAGCUUCCAGUUCAGACCUGGUUUAGUCCUGGUUAGACCUGGUUUAGACCUUGGUUUAGACGGGGGCUAGACCUGGUUAUAUUUACAGAAUUAUUCGGGUCUUUCUGAAUCUUGACAGGAUGAUUUCAGUGUCACUGAAGUCCAGACUUUGUCCAUCCAUCCAGUGACUUCAGGAAAGUUUCAUGGUUCAUCCUCCCGGUGUCACAAGUUUCUCUCUCACUCCAAACUUUCUUUCUGCUGCUCGAUUUCCGUUUUCAGCUGCAGAUUUCACGACUUGCAGCAGGACAGCGACUAUUUCUACAGGAGACGUGCGCAGUAGAGCAGUGACAGUGGUACAGACAGAGGAGUAAAAGUCGUACUAUACUAAUAUUAACACACGAGCCUAGAGCCUCUCGCUGCUGUCAAUCUGAAAAUUUUAACCCAAACCAUGAAAAAAAGUGCAACUUAUAGUCCAAAAAAUACGGUAUUCGGAAUUAAACUUAUUUCUGAAGUAAGUGUUUGGUUUAUUCUGAUUUUAAAGCCAAGUUAAUUUCUUCCUGGAUCAUGUUUCUCGUUUAUUCUUCGUAAAAAAUAAUCCCGGUCGUUCAGUUCAUGCUCAUUGUGUCGCCCUUCGAUCCGGCACCACCAGUCCCGUCUUCGGACUUUGAUCCACGUCUCUUUGGAUUUGUCAGCGGGAUGUGGGAGUGGGCUGAGGUAGAGCAGCCUCACACUCACUUUGUCUUCUUCCUCCCUUCUCCUCCUCAGCCGACAGACGUAAAGCGCGAUGAGACAAUUAUCAUUAUCAUCGGAACGACCACGGAAAAAGUUUGGAUCGUGUUUGCGUCCGUGCAGUAACGACAAACCGAGAUGACGGAAAAGCCGGUAGCAGCUGAAGUGUGUGUUUUCUUCCCAAAGAUGUAAAUCCGUAGGUGUGUCUGUCCAAUCAGAACCUUCCCGACCGCCAGACGCCGAGACACGUUAAAUAAAGACAAUUUAACGAGCUUUUAAUGAGUAAACCUCAAUUCAGAAUUAUUAUUUCCACGUAAAUGCGAAGGAGAAUAUUUUAAUUCAGAACAAUUAAUUCACAAAACGCCAAUACUCAAGGUGUCUCAAAGUGUUUUAAAAGCCUGAAUAUUUGUCUGUUUACACAUUUCCCCAGAUCCAGGUCCAGUUCUGGUUCUGGUUCUGGUCCAGCUCGAAGCACAAACACGUGGGUUCAGGGUUCACUGUUGGACGGAAUACUGAAAGAAUCACGGAUCAGAGGACUAAUCUGGAGCUCCAGUCUGGUCUGUGAGGACGGGCACCACAACUAUAAGCUGUGUGUUUGUUUUGAUUCUUUUGUUUUAAACUCGUGCCAGUGUCGAUGCUAAAACAUUUCUCGUCGUUUUUUUAUCGAAACUGGACGGACAUUUCCCCGGAGGGACUGACCGGACCCGUCUGAUCCUGGACUCUGGGUGAUCUCAGGGAAAACUGGGCGGGGCACCUGUAAAUAGUUCCGUGGCGGCCGUUUUGUGUGUUUUUAAUAAUAAAGAGUAUUUAUUGUGGAGUGGAUCAUGUGACUGUGCCAAAUGUUCCGCCCGGCGACGGCGCUGAGGUGCGUUCUGAUUGGUCAAUUCACUGGACUCUGUUCUGCUGUGAAACCGUCCGCUUCUUUUCCUUCUCAUGUCGUCGCUCACAAGAGAGACACUGUUGAUUUGGAAUAAAAAAAACAUGUUUUAAACUUUGGAGUCGUCUGUAACUGUGACAAAGUUCACUGUGGUGGAGCCGUUUAUCAAGACACAUGUGCCACGACUCAAAGGUCAAACUUCACAAACUCGAGAGCUCAGGAUAGAAAGUCCUAAACCAGGGGUGUCAAACAUAUGGCCCAGGGGCCAGAUCUGGCCCUCCGAGACCUUUAUUCUGGCCCUCGGCUGAUUUUCUACUAAAAUAUUUUAAUGAUAUUUUCUAUUAAAAUCUUGUUAAUUUUCUGUGGUGUUUAUCACAGCAGCGUCUCCAGCGUCUCUGUACGUGGCCCCUCCCACCAGAGCAGCACAAAUGAAGACUUGUGUCUUUCCAAACGCUCUUAAAGGACGAUCGUUUUGACUGUUGACCGUGACACCCUCAUCAGAAAAAUGUCCAACAUGAGAAAAGUGGAGCCGAGUGCAGGAUUUUACAACAAAAAAUGACUUAUUCCUGUUUACAAAUGUUAGGUAUCCUCAAAAAACCAUUCAGCGUGUUCUCUUAAAAAUAACCACUGGAAUCGAUCAAUUAAAAUCAAAAAGAAUUUAUUCCCUAAACAAUACAGUUCUAAUACAGAGCUCUGAGUCAGAUUCUUGUCCCUAACUGCCUAUGGUUACAGAGGUCUUAAGAUCAGGCAAUCUGACUGCCUCUGAACUAACUUAACUCAGGUUUUAUAGACAUUCAUAUGAAUAUGCAAAUAAUAUGUUGAACAGGUAACGCCUUGAAUCUUCCCUGGAGUAUCUCUGCAUUCCUUUAGGUUUAGGGAGUUGACAGCAGCCCAAUGUAAAUCACCAUAUUGUUUAGUUUCACUCCAGGCCGAACCAUCUCCACAGCUGCUGCUCUGCAAUGAAAUUCCUUAAAAAGACACAACCUUUAUCUGCAAAGGAUUACCUCAAAAACAUGCAUGUUUCACACAGUGGUGCCUUUAAACAUACAUAAGAUUUCAGUGGUUAAACAACUCAAUGUGUAAUAGUCAAACAAAUAUAUAAAUUCAAUGUUUAAUAUGCACAUGUGAUGCACUCAAGAAACUUCACCACUUGGUACAGCCUUCACAAACAAGUUCAUGUUAAAACUUUGUGUUGAAAUUGUAUUUUUCUUAAAGUUUCUGGUUGUUCAUAAUAUUAUAAUAUUUUGUAAAAGAAAGAGUUCAUCAAUUAAAAAAGAUUUCUGUAAUAGAUUUGUGUUUCUCUGCACAAAUAUUUGAACUUAUUGUUAUUUUUGGGGUUUAUAUGACAUGAGUUUUCUGAUCCGGACACUUUGGGAUCAAAGUCGGUUGGAUACGGCCCCCGGAACAACAUGAGUUUGACACCCCUGGUUUAAACAGACGUUACAGGCAAAAAUCUGCCGUGUUUGUUGUAAAUGUGCCACAUGUUUAUUCAGAGUCA